UAUAUUUCAAGAAAUAUGCCCGAGUACAUGCUUUGUAGGAUCUGUUUAACAGAAGAUUUAAGUUUGGACGGAAUGACGAUCCUAUUCGACGAGCAGAAUAUCGAGUGCCCAGAGCUCGUGCGCAAAAUUGAAGAAGUUGGCAGCAUCAAGCUAGCCCCACUUCAGGACAUGACAAGCAUGCUGUGCUUUAGUUGCGUGGAGCGGCUUACGAUUUCGCACAAAUUUCGGGAAUUGAUCCAGGCGAGCGAGCGAGCUUUUUCCAACAAUGUUGUCAAGGCGGAGAUGAAAUCCGAACCUACAGACGAUUCCACGAGCAUAGAAAUGCAUCACAUUGAAUAUAUCUACGAGGCAGCAAGCGAAUUCAUUGAGGCCGAUGGGGAUAUUGAACUAGACACAAUGCUUGAAGAGCGUUUGGAGGAUGGAAUUGCAGAUGCUGAAACCUCAUACGACGACGACAUAAAUAAUGUGGUGGAGGAGCUUAAUGAAAAUGACCUGCUGAUAGAAAACGCCAGCGAUAGUGACUACGAUCCGAGUGAGCGUCUCCGCAAGCCCAAGAUCCGCAAAACACGCCUCGCCAAACGCGGUCGUGGGCGACCACGGAACACCACACCGGAAAAUGGUCAGGAAAAAGCAAACGGUGUGUACAAGUCCAGCGAAGAGCCCACAAAUAUCAUGUGCGAAAUCUGUGGAAACAUCUACUCCAAAAGAGCAGCCCUCAACAUUCACAUGCGCCGUCACAUGGCGGAGAAGCCUUUUGAAUGCGAAAUCUGCAGUAAAACGUUUGCCGGUCCCUCGGAGCUAAAUCGCCAUAUACGAGUGCACACGGGCGAGAAGCCAUUCAGAUGUAAAUACUGCGCCCGCAUGUUCGCGGAUCGAAGCUCCAACAUACGGCAUGAACGGACUCAUACAAAUGAACGGCCCUUUGCCUGCGGAACUUGUGGCAAGUCCUUCUCUUAUUCGAAUGUGCUAAAGAACCAUAUGCUUACUCACACGGGGGAGAAGCCGUUCUUGUGUCAGCCCUGCAACAAAACCUUUUCACGUAAGCACCAGCUUGAGCAACACAUCGGCACGAUGACCCACCAGCAAACUAUGAGAGCGCUCGAGACAAACGAGGUUAUGCGGGCUUCGGAAAUAUACUAGUUCGUUAAAGAUUCAACUAACAUAUAUGAUAAUGUGUAAAUAAAUGUUCAAAUAUAUAUAUAACAAAUAAUUAA